UGAUCAUCAUCCUUUGUGACCUUAUUCGCUCGAGUGAAGCAGGUGGAAAGGCUUCGCUGAGACGAAAACGGCUUGAAGCAUCAUGAGUGAUGCAUGGUUGCCGAGGCGGCUGGCCUAUGCCCCUUUCGAUGUGCUCAACCACGGCGACCCGUCUGUGCCUGACGUGGCCACACAUCUGCGACGGAUACCGAGCCAGCAUCCCGCAGUCGAUCAAUCUAGCCUCUUCGCCCGCUAUCCUGGCCUGCAGACGCUGCAUUCCGAGCACGCAGAGCACGCGGCGAGCUGCACGAUUGGUGGCUCAAGUGCACAUCCUUCUGCAUUCUUCUUAGCCAGAGCGAUCGAGGACGGAGGCAUUCUCGAGCUAAGAUGGCUCAAAUACAUCAGCAACACACAGCACGUACAAGAUGACAUGCGGUGUGAGCAACCGCUGCACCCAUUUGCUGAAGUUCACGUUGGGCUGUCGGCGCCAUCGGCGCCUGAGCUCUUUCAGUUCCCAGCGCCGUUGCUUGCGGAUAUCAGCAUCUUCGCGGAUGACCGGACACGGACACUGCAGCUCCUCUGUGUAACAGUGACCGGCUAUCUGUACCGCUUGACCUUCAAGUCUCCUAAUGCAUUCCAUGCGCGAAGUUUGCAUGCAGGAUGGGUUACAGAGCAUCGCGUUAGUGGCUUAGCCGGCAUAGAUGAGCAAGGAAGGCUUCUGAAUGGAAGGAUUGGACAAAAGGCGAUCGCGGUCCACCCCGGCAUGGUACUAGUCACAUGCAACGAUGGAACAAUCGUCAAGCUCGAGCAAAAGAUGGGAGAGUCACACGCUUCCGGGUUUGAUGGACCAUGGCAGGAGACGCUGCUGCAGACGACGUCCUUCGUGCGCAACCUCACGCGUUACUUUAGCAGAUCCUCUAUCCCAGGAACGUCGCUCUCGGCGUACGGAGGCGAUGUGGAAGCCUCUUCGCCGCUCGCUGCACUGAGCAUCGCGACGCACGUGAACGACCAACAUACGCCCUAUGCGUUCGUCAUCUGCCGAGAUCGCAAGCUGCGUGUCUGGGACCUAGUUGCAGACACCUGCAUCCGCACGAUGGAUCUUCCAGUCGCAGCCUCCUCUUGGGACGGCGGCGACGCAGAUCGCACUGACGCGGGAGAAGUGACAUCGCGCCAGGGCGAAGCAAUUCUUGGCCCGGAUGCCAAGCCUUUGAUCGAGGUCGUGCUACCCGAUGCAGAUAACCAGAGUGGUUACGAUCUCUAUCUGAUGGUUCACGUACCGACCAGCGGCGCUUGCGGUAACUUCUUCGUAUACUAUGGCCUCGAAAUCCUUCCAGCCAAGGCAGGAAGCACCUCGAAUGCGCUAGGGGACAUUGUUCGCAUCUGGGACACGCGUUGCGAACCAGAUACACGAUCCUCUGAGUUCGAAUUCCGCGAUAUUGCUGUUCUCCCCUACGGGACGUCAGGCCUGCGGCUCUGGGCCCUUUGGGACGAUACGGGUGGCCCUCUACUUAAGAGUACAAUCGUUGUGGAAGACGUGGUGGACGGAGAUGCAAGCUAUGUCUCCAUUGCGGCGAAUUCGAGUCCAACAGAAUGGUCGACGAUUGCGGAUUGGCGCCCAUACCUGCCGCUACACGGUGCUGCGUUCGAGGCGUCCAUCGCUGCAGUCGCUGAAUCCAAGGAUGACUUGGCGGAAUUCUUCCUCGAGCGUAUGUUUGAAGCUGGCCGCUUCAGCGAGCGUGCGCUUCAGGCCGCACUCGCAGAAUACGAGGGGGGACUGCUUCGCACGCUUGCGGAUGUGGACGUACCGCUUGUGCUGUCAGCAGAUACGACUUUCGCAACACUAAGGGAUCAUAUGGCUUGCGUUGUGGGGUGCAACUGCUCUCUCGAUACUGAUCCGUCGGUGGGCAAUGCAUUAACAGCCCAGUACCUCUCCGCCCUGCGCAGGGAGUGGAUGAAAAUUCUGGGCUUUGUCGAGCAAUUCGAAUCAGCAGCGCGCUGGCCGCUUCGACUGAUCCGACCAGACGUGUCACAGGUGCGCUCACCGCAACCCACAGCAACGCAAAGUCAGCCACUCAUUGCAACACGAGACUAUGCAGUCGCCAUUGCAGUAGAAGAUGCGACAUCAGCCCUGCUCCGCAUCUCGACUCAGAUACACGAAGGCACAGAUCCACAGCUGGGUCGGAGAGCUCUGGUCACAGCGAAAGGAGCUGCUGCGGAGCAGGCUUUCCUCAUCGGGGAUGGGCAAUCGUCUGCUGCGACUCGACGCGCCCUAUCACAGGGAUUUGAAGCGUGUGACGAUCAUGGCGAUGCGAUCUUCAGUCUGCUCAGUACAGCACAUACCCUUGCUGAGGGCAUCCCAGCUGACCGCUUAGAGCUGUUCCGUCGCCAGCUGCUUCUGACUUUCAGCGGCAAGUUAGGAGAGUCUGUAGAAGACGCUGUCGCACGCGUGUGGGAGGCCACUCUGGAGGAUAUCAUGGGGACCGACACAUUCCAGUUCCUCUCAGAAUCGUGUCUGGAUCUCCGAGAUGGGCUCAACGAGAAUCUGCUCAGAUGGUCCGACAUGCUGUUGGAAGGCUUCAGGCCUGAUAAAGCAGGCGCUGGGGCUAAAGUAGGCGUCAAGACCGACCUGCAGUCAGCCUGGGUAAUCGAUGAUCUCACAGCGUCACUACGCACACGGAGAGCAUCGGCAGGCCUUAUGGUACUCCUGCUGGCAAGCAUGUGGGUGUCAAAUGGCCUCCAGAGGAGCGUUCCGUCGCUGCCUAUUUUGCUCUCGCGCAGCAUGUCCGUCAUGCAUCUAUGCAAUGCUCUGCUCGACGUGGCGGAUCUCGAAGGAGCGCCUGAUGCAUGCGCCUUGGUCGACCCGGCUGGCGAGGAGGCAGCAGAUCAGGAUGCUCUCACACAGCAGUUCUCGAGUAUGCAGGUUGCAACGCAAGGCGUCUCUGUGACCGGCCCAGUGACAUCGCCUUUGCACUAUGCGUGUCAGAAUGGGUUACUUUACGGGCGCAGCACGGUCGCAGGAGGCGAGGAUGAAGAUGAAGAAGCGGAAGAGGUCGAUGUGAACCUGACGAGACACGCUAUGGCAGCCCUUUCGGCCCUGCUUGCUCCCGUUGUGGAAAGCCCUUCCGGUUGGCUUCCGGCUCUAUCACCGCCGUUCUCCCUCUUGGCGUAUGGACUUAUCCGCGCCGGGUAUGCGAAGGCCGCCGAGGCGAUCAUCACGCAGUUUGCCCCGUGUCCAGCAGGUUCAUACAUCGAAGGCUGCUUUGCGGUAGCCAAGGGUAUGCCAGAUGCAGCGAUGCAGGCGCUUGACAAGGUCGGCCUCACGCUCAACAGCGCUGAUGCUCUCCUGGAAGACGAAAGCGGACUGACCGAUAUACUUCCGGCUGCUGUCAGCCGCAUCGCACCUGGGAGGCACGCCUUGGCCUUGUUCAACCGUCAUGCUGGAAACCUUUUCGGCACGAUAGGCAGUGUCGAAGGUAUUGCACGUUACGGUUCAGCAGCGUUGCAGCACGGGCUCAACCAGGCGCUUGCUUCGGACCCGGUUGCCGUCAGCGAGGUGUGGUUCUCGACCUUCCGUGCCCAGCUGCAGCUGGGCGACUUCCAAGCGGCCUAUCGGACAAUCAUGAGCAGUGCGGAUGACAGCUUCAAACGUGACUGCAUCCGCAGUCUCGUGACGGCCAUAUGCGAAGCAGGACAUGUUUCGACCUUGCUCAGCUUCAACUUUGCCGGAUCGCAGGGCGAGUUGGAGCGCACGCUGAGCUUCAAGGCGCGCAAUUCAGACCCAUUCGCCAUGCCCAACUACUUUAAGAUCCUUUACGCGUAUCACAUGAACCGAGGUGAUAUGAAGAGCGCGGGAGCAGUCAUGUACCAGCAAUCCCAUCAACUGGCGUCGCUGCAGCGGAUGGGCUACCGAGUGGCCGUGCGCGCCCAGGAGGCUGGCUACGAGCAGUUCGAGGACAUCGCCUCGGUGCAGGCGCGCAGCUUCCUGGCCGCAAUGAAUGUACUGAACCUGGUGCACCCACGGGAUGCCUGGUUUGCGAACGUGCUGCCGGUCGACGGCAAUGGCGCCGACGCCGACGCGCGAGAGCAAGGGGAGCAGCAGGAGUAUGGCAUCUUUGGCGACAUUGCGCGGCAGAAGGCGGCGUUGACGCCGAGCCGGACGACGCACUACAUUCCUACGGAGGAAUUCACGGAGGGGACCAAGAACAUCGAGAUUGUCCGGCUGGACGACAUCAAGCGCGAGUACCAGCUGCUGCUCGCACGGCUAGAGCUAUCGCGCGGCUAUGCGGAGCUGGCAGCGCCGCGAUCGAAGUUGAGCGCGGCGGACGCGGUUGCGCUGUACCUGCGCAACGACCGGUACGACCAAGCGCUUGCAACAGCGUGCGCACUGGGCGUGGACAUGU